UUAAUUAGUUUACUCUGUCCUAAUAGAACUGCAUGUGUAGAUGGUGGUUUUACAGCAGAGCUAAUUAGUCAUGUGUUUAUGCACCCACUGAGUAGCAUCUUGCUUCACAAGUCACAACAGUGACUUCAGAGAUGCCGUUUGUGAAGUAUCCAGCUCAAGCUCCCUCUCACAACAUGAACUCAAAGGUCUAAGGUCUACAAUUAGUAAAGGUGUUUAGGCACAUAUUUUCAGCGGGAAUUAGGCAGCAUAGCAUGUUUACAAAUGUAACACCAGGAACUUAUUUGCUAUUCUGUGCUUUGGCAUAGAUGGCUCUGCCUAAUUUUUACUAGAUGGCUUUGCUCAGUUCCACAAUAUUGACAGUGUCCCAUUUUGUCAAUUUGUCUCUUAAAAACUCAAAGUGCAGAUGUUCUGAUUUUCUUUAAAGUGGUCAUUUUCUCUCAGGUGACAUCAGUAGAUGUUUUGCAUGAGGACACUGGCAGUUAGUAUGGCUGUAAAAAGCCAUUAGCUUGUCUUCAUCUUGAGAGGUAGUGAGGAAAAACAGAAGUACCAGGGUAAAUAAUGUCCUACUCAAAACUAGUCACUACUUCUGCAUUGGUAUUUCAUAAAUAAUCUGACUGUAUGAACAUUUGGAUCUGAACUUCUGAUGGCCCAUUAGAAGCAAGUAUGUGCUGGUAUUGGAAAGGUAACUUUUCCUAGAUUUGCCUAAAGACCUUUGCUUUGACUUGUGACCUUACUGUCAUGAACGUAUUAGUAAUUUCCACAUGGGUAUAGUGCAGGGAAACUAUACAAUGCUUAGAUAGGUUCCUAAAACCUUAAUUUCUAAAAAAUAGUAACUUACCCAUAGUGAAUUAUAUCCCUCUUCAGACAACUCCUUAAUUUUGUUAAUGAAAUUCUUUGAAUUUUAUAAAUAAAUCUCCCCCAAAAGAAUUCUUCUCUUGAAAUCAAGUCUAUGCUACACAAGGGGCAAACUUACAUGACAAGAUGAUUUAAUUUCAGUUCUAGUAAAUACAGACUUUUAAUAAAGCACGGCCUCAGUAUUUGAUUGAUCCAGAACUGAGAGUUGAAAAACAAUACAUCUGUAUAUGACAAUCUUCACAUGACGAUGCAGACACCUUUCUUGAUUGCAAACACAUUGAUAAGAAAAGGGAAGCUGGAAUCUCCAGCUGGUCUUUAAGAUCACUCAGGUAUCUGUUCAAUGUUAUUACAUCAGUUACGAUUUAGAAUGGGUUAUACAUAUUUAAACCAGGUUUAAAAUUAGGUGGAUGGGUAAAAGCAAGCACCUCUUCACCUUCCACUUAUCCCUGUGUGCCAUAGGAGCUGUAUCUGCUGACUUUUGUGACAAAAGUAUGUUUUUUUUCCUUUUUACUACUUUUAGUACUGACAACUAACUAACUAGAUUUUACUUCAUGCUUAUUGUCAAUAGCACUCUAUUACAUUCAAAUUACAGGAUCAACCAUCUGUUCAACCCUGUUUAAGGCAAAGGGAAUGCACAGGUGUUGGGAAGGGUGUGAUUUAGCUUGCAGAACAAUCUAUUAUUUGUCAUUGUAAAAUGAGAACAGAAGGACCCCCGCACAUGCCCUUCAGAGCCCAGGUUGAAUUUGGAAGGCUGCAAAUUGAAAAAAUGUAAACCAUGCACAAUUGUUUCGAAUUGCUGAGCUUCCAUCUACACUGAGCGUUGACCUGAAGGUCAUCCCUCAAGCAGGCACCCUUCAAACAUCUAUACUGUAAAUCUCUGUGCUCUGUCCCCAGGCAUAAGAUCAAUAUUUUUGCCCCCUGGCCAGCCCCUUCUGCAAUGAGUAACUGGAGCCUAAGUGAAUUGGGCACCUAUGAAAAUAUGACUUUGAAAUUUGUGUGGCUUUGAAAAAGUUAUCCUGAAAAAGUUAACAAUGAAUAAGGCAGCUUCUAAUUCAACUAGACUAGCUGAUCUAGUAUGGCAAUAGCAAUUCCUACUAAGACUGUCUUCAUCUAGUGGCUGGGCCACAUCAGAGUUUACAUCAGCUGCAAUUUUCAAACUUACAGAUCUAGAACUCUUACCUCAGCAGCUUGUGGUGUCUGAUACAGUGGUCCAGGUUCGAUCCUGGCUGCCAGUGAGAAAUCACUAAAUCCAUUCAAAGAUGUCACAUAAAAAAGACCCAAGAUAUCCCUAUGCUACAUCAUUUGCAAGCUAGAAAACUGAACACUACAGAUAGGCAAGAAAUGCUCUUAAAGUUAUGAUAAAGGGGAUAGAUCUUUAUAGCAAAUUUCAAAACAUUUAAUAUCUUGCUCAUUAAAAGCUAAAUAAAAAGUUUAAAAUAUUAGUGGAUGCUGCAUUAGAGCAUGGAAUGAGCUGAAAAGCAUCUAAUAUUUGCAAAAUAACCAGUGUCAAAGUACCUGAAUCCUUGCUGCAAAUAUAUGGACACACAGCAUUGUCAGUCACUGAGCAAGCAGUGGGAAGAUCUGCAAAAUAACUUGGCAAAGGAGGGGUGGCAGGAGGGGAGCUGCAUAAGCAACCAGAAUCAGCAAGAGAAAAAUAAAACAAAUAUGAGACUAAAUUUCCAUAAAUCUCUGUAACUUCAGUUCCUAGCACUUCGCCAUUUUACAGCAUUUACAGCUGGGGUGUUGUUACAAGGCUUUGCUACAGCAGAAUACCCAGAAUGCUUCACUUCCUGCUGCCUGAUUCCGGCACUUGUGAGUCUUUAAGUUAGCUGAAGCCAAACAGCUAAGAGGUUAGUUCAUUCUCUCUCAAGCUUUUGGAGGAACAGCUUUUCUUUUUCCCCCUGUUUUCUCAGACUUUUCUGGUGCUAAAAUGUCAUCCUCCACAACUGCACGGUCGGAUGAAUUGAUUUUCUUUGUGAAUGGAAGAAAGAUAAUAGAAAAGAAUGCUGAUCCUGAAAGAAUGUUGUUGUCUUACUUACGAAAAAGACUCCAUCUUACAGGAACAAAAUAUGGCUGUGGGACAGGUGGCUGUGGAGCUUGCACUGUGAUGAUAUCAACAUACGAGCCAUUUUCCAAGAAGAUACGACAUUGUUCUGCCAAUGCUUGCCUGAUUCCCAUCUGUUGUCUGUAUGGUGCUGCCGUUACCACUGUGGAAGGUAUUGGAAGCGUAAAAUCAAGAAUUCACCCGGUUCAGGAAAGGAUUGCCAAAUGCCAUGGCUCUCAGUGUGGUUUCUGCACCCCUGGAAUGGUGAUGUCCAUAUAUGCAUUACUGAGAAAUCACCCUGAACCCACUAUGGAGCAGAUAUCUGAAGCACUGGCUGGAAAUUUAUGCCGUUGCACUGGCUACAGGCCAAUAAUUGAUGCGUGUAAGACUUUUUGUAAAGACUUGGACUGCUGUAAAAUUAGAGAGAAUGAAAACUGUUGCUUGGACCUAAAAGAGAACCUACUGCUUUCUGGGAAGGGUAAAGAAAUUUGCACAAAAUUGUUUGCUACAGAUGAAUUCCAGCCCUGGGACUCAACUCAGGAAUUAAUAUUUCCACCUAAGCUACUGCUAAUGGCGAAAGACCAGCGAAAAAUAACUCUAGUUUUCCAUGGGGAAAGAACUACAUGGAUUUCUCCUGUUAGUAUAAAAGAGCUACUAGAGCUGAAAGCCAAGUACCCAAAAGCACCUCUUGUUGUAGGAAACACCAGUGUGGGACCUGAAAUGAAAUGCAAAGGGGUAUUUCAUCCAGUUAUCAUCUCUCCUAUUAGAGUUUUGGAACUGAACUUCCUGAAUUUCACAAGUAAUGGGCUUACUCUAGGAGCUGCCUGUAGCCUGUCACUUGUGAAAGACAUCCUGACCAGCACUCUCUCAGAAAUCCCAGAGGAGAAGACAAAGGUUUUUCGUGCUCUCUUACAGCAAUUAAAAACUCUGGGAGGACAACAGAUCAGGAAUAUUGCUUCCUUAGGUGGAAACAUUAUAAAACAACAUACAACCUCAGAUUUGAAUCCCAUUCUAGCAGUAAGCAACUCCCUUCUCAAUCUGGCCUCAUUAGGUGGAACACGACAGAUUUCUUUAAAUGAACAUUUUUCAAGUGGAUUUGGAAAAGCCAUUCUUAAACCAGAAGAGAUUUUAGUCUCUGUUAGCAUCCCUUACUCAAAAACAGGUGAAUUUGUCACUGCAUUCCGCCAGGCUCAGCGGCGGGAAAAUGCUCUGUCUAUUGUUAAUGCUGGAAUGAGACUCAUCUUGGAUCCAGGCACAGACAUUAUUAUGGACUUUGGCAUUUUUUAUGGAAAUGUUGCCUCUACCACUGUCUGUGCAAAGAAAUCCUGCCAAGCACUUAUAGGAAGAUGUUGGAAUGAACAGAUGUUGGAAGAAGCCUGCAAACUACUUCUUGAAGAAGUUUCUAUUCCAGGCUCUGCUCCAGGUGGAAAGGUGGAAUACAAAAGAACUCUGAUUGUCAGCUUUUUUUUCAAAUUUUACCUAGAAGUGUUACAAGGAUUAAAACUGAUGUAUCCCCAUAGGUAUUGUGAUACAAUAGAAAAAUGCAAAAGUAUCCCAGAUGUCUUCCACAACAAAAUACCUCAAAGUUCACAAAUCUACCAGGCUGUAGACCCAGAGCAGCUCUCUCAGGAUCCAGUAGGGCGACCCCUAAUGCAUCUGGCUGGUAUUAAACAUGCCACUGGUGAAGCUAUUUACUGUGAUGACAUUCGUGCUGUAGAGGAAGAGCUCUUUUUAGCUGUAGUAACCAGUUCAAGACCCCAUGCAAAGAUCAUAUCAAUUGAUCUAUCUGAUGCCCUCAAACUACCAGGAGUGAUUGAUGUGAUAACAGUGCAAGAUAUUCCAGGAACAAAUGAAUUCUGUUGCAUUAAUGAACCAGAGAGUCUGUUUGCAAACCAUAAGGUGAUUUGUGUGGGUCAGAUUAUCUGUGCUGUGGUUGCAGAUACAGAUGUUCAUGCAAAGAGGGCAGCUGUAAAAGUGAAAAUAACUUAUGAAGCUCUGGAGCCUGUGAUCUUGACUAUUGAGGAGGCAAUAAAGAAUAAUUCAUUCUAUGAUCCAGAAAGAAAACUAGAACAAGGAAAUGUUGAUGAAGCCUUUGAAACUGUUGAUCAGAUUUUGGAAGGGGAGAUUCACAUUGGGGGACAGGAACAUUUCUACAUGGAAACUCAGAGUGUUCUUGUUGUUCCAAAAGGAGAGGAUAAAGAAAUGGAUGUGUAUGUGUCUUCACAGCAUCCAACAUUUACUCAGGAACUAGUGGCUUCAGUUUUAAAUGUCCCCUCCAGUAGGAUAAUGUGCCAUGUAAAACGAGUUGGUGGUGGUUUUGGAGGAAAGGUGACCAAACCUGCUAUACUGGCAGCUGUCACAGCAGUGGCAGCAAACAAAACUGGCCGUGUUGUUCGAUGCAUUCUGGACCGUGGAGAUGAUAUGUUAAUAACUGGAGGCAGACAUCCUUUCCUUGGAAAAUAUCGAGUAGGGUUCAUGAAUGAUGGCAGAAUAAUGGCUCUGGAUGUAAGAUAUUAUAGUAAUGGAGGAUGUACACCAGAUGAAUCCAUUGUGAUAAUGGAGACUGCAUUGCUAAGAAUGGAUAAUGCGUACAUGAUUCCCAACUUGCGAUGCUGGGGCAAAGUCUGCAAAACUAAUUUGCCAUCAAAUACAGCUUUCCGAGGAUUUGGUUUCCCCCAGUCAGCCCUAGUUACAGAAUCCUGGAUAACAGAUGUAGCAAUCAAAACUGGUUUGUCACCUGAGAAGAUUAGGGAGAUAAACAUGUACAAAAAGGGUAAUCAAACACAUUACAAGCAAGACCUGGACCCAAAUAACCUGGUAAAAUGUUGGAAUGAAUGUAUGGAGAAGUCAUCUUAUUACAUCAGGAAAACAGCUGUGGAUAAAUUUAACAAGCAAAAUUACUGGAAAAAGAAAGGGAUUGCCAUUAUUCCACUGAAAUAUUCAAUUGGAUUUGAAGCAAUGUUUCUCAAUCAGGCUGCAGCUUUAGUUCAUAUCUAUAUGGAUGGGUCUGUGCUGGUAACUCAUGGAGGAGUUGAGUUGGGCCAAGGUAUUCACACCAAAAUUAUGCAGGUUGCCAGCCGUGAAUUAAAGAUACCAACCUCUUUUAUCCAUAUCUGUGAAACAAGUACAGUUACUGUGCCUAAUACACGACCUACAGCAGCAUCUAUUGGUACUGAUAUAAAUGGGAUGGCAGUGAAGAAUGCUUGUCAAACUCUUCUGAAACGCCUUCAGCCGAUCAUGGAUAAAAAUCCUGAAGGAACAUGGAAAGAUUGGGUUACAGGAGCUUUUCGUCAAAGCAUUAGUCUUUCAGCUACUGGUUUCUUCAGAGGCUAUGAUACAAACAUGAACUGGGACAAAGGAGAAGGUCGACCGUUUGAAUAUUUUGUUUAUGGAGCUGCUUGUUCUGAGGUUGAAAUUGACUGUCUAACAGGAGAUCGUAAGAACAUCAGAACAGAUAUAAUUAUGGAUGUUGGUUGCAGUCUAAAUCCAGCUGUAGAUAUAGGACAGAUUGAAGGUGCCUUUGUUCAAGGCCUUGGGCUUUAUACAAUGGAAGAAUUAAAGUACUCCCCUGAAGGAGUGCUUUAUACUCGGGGCCCAGAUCAGUAUAAAAUUCCUGCAGUCUGUGAUAUCCCAGAACAAUUCAGUGUGUCCUUGCUUUCGUCUUCUCAAAACCCCAAUGCAAUCUACUCUUCCAAGGCUGUUGGUGAGCCCGCUCUGUUCCUGGGGUGCUCAGUGUUUUUUGCUAUAAAGGAUGCUGUGGCUGCAGCACGGCAGGAAAGAGGGAUAGCUGGAACCUUCACAUUUCAUAGCCCAUCAACUGCUGAACGGAUUCGAAUGGCAUGUGUUGACCAGUUUACUAAAAUGAUUCCAUGGGAUGAACCUGAAUCCUAUGUUCCCUGGGCUGUUCCUGUAGACCAGUCAUUGCUGUCCCAGCAGAUACCACAAGAACAGGAAAGAUUCCAAUAUGCAAUGGACCCCCAAACUGACUUGAAAAGAGUUCUCAGUGCUGCUACACCACCAAAUACCCUGAUUAUAUUUCCAGAAGGACAAGAAAGGAGCUCAUUAAAACAAGGUGCCCCUGUCUGUCAGAGAGAUGCUUCUUUACUCUGCUUUUAAGCAGAGGUGUAGAAGGUUUGACUGAAUAAAUACAUUUCUUCUGCCCCUUACUUAUUUAAACCACAGACAGCUGUUCUGUUGCCUCGUUGUAACAGGUCAGGGUCUACUUUAUUCUUGUCUAAAUGAUGGGCAUUUUUUGAUGGGCAACCUUCAGGAACUAAUGGAUCUAGUUUAACAGGAGAACUCUCUUAGGAGGUAAUGCUAUGCAGCACUUAAAUCAUUGUUUCCCGAUAGCCCACCAGUCCUUUUAUCCACAUCUGUUAAUGCACUGGAACCUAGAUGCUUCUUUCUCCUGUCAGCCUGGCAGAUAACCUUAUUUUACAAAUGGGUCAUGAUGAUAGAUGAAGCACUAGGGAAGGAAUUUGGAGGAAAUAGAUAUUGGUGAAAGACAUUUUUUUAAUCAGAUGUUUUGCUGUAUAGAGAAGGUUUUAAAUUUUAAUAUCAUGGUUAUGGUAGGAACCAAGAGGUGGUUACUCCCUAGUCUGCAAAAUCUAGACCAGUGGUCUCCAACCUUUUUAUAGUGAAGAUUGCUUUUUGGCACCCCAGGAUCUGCCCCG